GGUCCAGUGGGGAGAGAGUCUCCGGGAGCACGGAGUGCUCCGCUCCCUGCUCCGUCUGCAGAGGGAGAGACCUGGGGGCAAAAGGAUGGCCUCGGAAGGGGAGAACAUUCAAGGUGUGAAUCCUCAUCUCCGGAUCAACGGGCCGAUGAACAUCAACCACUAUGCGACGAAGAAGAGCGUGGCCGAGAGCAUGCUGGACGUGGCGCUGUUCAUGGCCAACGUCACGCAGCUCAAAGCCGUGCUGGAGCAAGGGACGUCCUUCCAGUACUACGCCACCCUCAUCGUGCUCAUCAGCAUCUCCCUCUUCUUCCAGGUGAUGAUCGGGAUUCUCCUCAUCAUCACUGCUCGUUUGAACCUGAAUGACAUUGCAAAGCAACCCCGCCUGAAUAUUCUCAACAACGCUGCCACAGCUCUCAUCUUCAUCACAGUCAUCCUCAACAUCUUCAUCACAGCCUUUGGGGUACAGAAGACUGGCCUCUACCCUAACAGGAAUUUUCGACCUUAUUAAGUCAUGGGGCACAGAGUCAGGAUCUGAGGAGUGCAGUUGGAUGGAAAAGCUCUCCUCCUCUACGUCUUCGCUGACCUCAGCAGGAGCCCAUCGACAAAUCCAGAAAACUGGGUUAAACUUUCAAAACUCUGUGUGUGUCAUGGUAUACUGGCCCCCUCCUGUAAUGCUUUUGCUGUUCUGAAGGGGUGGAAACAUCACCUUUCCAAACUAGAGCAAACUUUGCAAGGGAAUAGCAGCAGGUACAUGGUUUCAAAGCACAGUUCUGUAAAUCUCAUCUCUUACUGCUUCACAUAUUCAAUAUUGGCUCAUUCAGUAGAGAAGACUGAAUGAUUUACUUUGUAGGCUAAAUAAAUAAGAAGAGUCCAGCUUUUUUUUUUGUCUCAAAUGUAAGUCUCUCUCCUUAAAGCAAUUCUAUCUAAUAGUUUACAUCCCAAGUGUUGGAAUGGGUUUCUCACACUAAAGAAAGUUCUCAUGGGAGGACAGAAAAGUGUGUGCACGUCAACAUAGUUAAACCAGUUCAAAUGUUUUCCUACUUGUUUAAAAUUAAAUGCAACACAGUUAAGAAAACAAUCAGGUACUUCCAGCAUUGGAAUAUUAACAAUGACAAAAAAUACUUAUUAUGGUCUGAUGUCAUCAUCAGGGACCUAUCAGGAAUGAUGUCAGAAUGGCCUGACAGUAUUUAGUAGAAAAUGAAGAAACAUUAUACAUAAGGAAACAGUCUGGGCUUAUUGCCACAAUGAGAAAUGACAGUUACAUAGUGUAUUACUUCAUUAAAUAAUCACCAUUAUAGUUUAUGGUCUUAUCAGUAAUACAAAUGUUUUAAAAUAUAUUGAUUUUAUAUUGAUAAUGCUGGAAAUUCCCUUGUAUUAGAACAAUUUGUUUCCUUAAAAAAAAGAGCCUUUGAAUUAACAAGUUUCCAGAUUUUUUUGAAGGAGUAAAAAUUUUUGAUUCUAAAUUUAACUUUGUAGUCAUGCUAAGAAAUGGAUAUUUUAAUAGCCUUGUGUAAACCUGUUAAAACAAUUACAUGCUCUUCUGAUUAUUAAAUGAUUUUUUCA